AUGGCCCGGAUACGGCGGGCGCAGGCCAAGGGCAAGAAGGACGUCAAGCUGACCAAGGAAGAGCUGGCUGCGUACCAGCGGCGAUUACAGCGAAUGGAGGACGAGGAGCGCAGACGGAGACGCGAGCAGCGGGUCGCCAUUCCGAUAUCCGAGCUCGAUCCUGCCUCUCUGCGAACGCGGCUGUCAGUGGACGACGACAGGCCUCAACGGAACCCUUCGCCAGAACAAGGAGUGGACCGACAUGUAGCUUACCCGCCAAUGGGCUAUUUUCCGCCGCAGCCGUCACGUAGUCGCCCACGCUCCAAGACCAAUUCAUCCAGGACUCCUAGUCGAGCCCCCACCGACCGGGAACAGAGCUCGUCUCCAUUCACGUACACCUACGUCCGCGCAGAGCAACCUGCGACUCUUCGCCAUCCGUCUGAUCCAACCAUUAGCAGACCGACCUCCGUUGCCGAGUCGUUGUCUGCCCGCAAUGGCGGAUCGCCCGCUUCGAUAGGGGAUCCCUUUCAAUACAUGACGGCCGGCGCGCGGACCUCGUACCAUGCGGCCGCGGGAUCUGUGCGGAACAUGGAGGUUGACGAUAUCUACGCCAGUUAUGGGUCAGGGACAGCUGGUGGCCCAAGUCAGCGGCUAAGCGGUAAUCCUAGGGACGGCUCGUCCUCAAACGAAGACGACGAUCGCGGUAACGGGGUGAGGGUCACUUCUGCAAGCGGCACUCGGCCUCGGCACCGAGACAGCGCUGAUAGCCGCCGGGAACCUGCACCCGAACCGCGGGCAUCGCGGGACCGAACGCCGCCUCCUGUCAAGAAGUCAUCGGUUGGGCAAUCGCCAGUUAAUAAGCGCAAGUCAGUCUCGGGCAGCACCAGGUCGUCGGGCCGGCGGAAAGGGAAAUAG